GGAUUGUCCUUGUUCCAUGCUUCCAUCAGGGUUCUAGAGGAGAGAGAGAAGGACGGAAAAAGGGAGGAGAUGGAGCAAGAGGGGAGGGAAAUGUCCUUGUGCAAUUAUCCUGAUUUUUUUUAAGGAAAACCCACACAGUCAGAAGCUUCCAAAAGCUUUUCAGGACAACGCACAGGCAGCAACUGUAUUUGUCUUUUUUAUUUUCCAUAACUGUAGCUUGAAGUGUUGGUGUCAGUGCAUCAGAGACGGGAAGUCACACCAGCAGUUUUUAGAGGAAGUAUGUCACUCUCUCUGCGCUUUGUAUGCCUGCUCCUGACUGCUCUCUGGGGCAGCAGUUGCUUCGCCAAACCCGCCCCAUUCAACGUGUCAGUGGAGGGUAGCGGGAAUGAACCCGAACUCAUCUUUCCCAUUGCUCGUACCACCCAUGUUCCUCCAUCCCCCUCGCCUCCUCCCAACAUAACAGCCACUUUCAUCCGCAUCAAAGACUUCCUUUUCAACCAGGUGGUGGACUUCCUGAAGGAGAACUUGCUUCUCAUCAUUGUCGUGACCUGUCUGUUGGUAGUCAUCAUCUUCAUCGUCUGCUGUGCUUCAGCGAUGAGCCACAAACGCAAGCUUGAGGCCUACUAUCCUCCAAAGAACUACGCACCCAGGAAAUACAUGAGCCAACCCAGUAAAGCUAUGGAGAAACCACAUAACCAGAUCCAGGAAGGUAAGACCACAGCUGCAAAGACCCUACGGGAACCCACUAAAGCACUGGUGGGUGAGAAGGAAGGAAAAGACCCCCGUCCCAAGCCAAAAGAGGCCCAAAAGUUGGAGGAUGUUGAAGAGGUGGAGAUGCAGAAAGAUGAGCCCAAGCAGAAAGAGGAACCUCAGCCUACCACCUCAAAUGUCACCUCCAGUCAGCCGCUGGUCUGUACGUGCCACCUCAGAAAGGCCAAUCACACCACAGCGUGAGAGCUUUUUCUGUAACAGGCAGGAAUGACCUUGAUCCCAAACUUUUUCUACUGGUAGAUAUAAAUCUUUGGUAGAAAUGAUGCCCACGCUCUUACUCUUUGUGUUCUUGCAACCUGUGUAUGUGCCAUCAGAGGAAGAGUAGAAAAAAACAUUUUAUCAACUCAUUUUGUGUUUCUUUAAAAAUUAGUUCGCUAAAUAAGAAAAAAAUGGCGAGUUGACGUUUUUAUUAUUCAUGGGGAAAAUAAACAACACUUGAAACUAUUUCAUGAAUCACUUUCUACUUUUGAGAGACUUAAGAAAACCUCUUUUGAAACUUUUUCUGACCACUUUCCUUUGUUAUAUUUUACAUAUGAAAUGUCUAUAUGCAUGGAAACCCGUAAUUUAUGCUGUAUUUUCCGAUAACUGUAAUCAGAUAUUAUACAUGAUGUUAUUUUAUCUAAACUUUAUGCCUUUCCUCAGUAUUGAAUUUAAUUAGCUAACAUUUUGUCAGGUAUUUU